AUGGCGGCGGCGGCGGCGGAGGAGAAGGACAAGGACAAGGAGGCGGACGACGACACCGACGCCAAUGCGGCGGCCACCGAGGGCCGGGUGCGGGCUUGGGCGGCGGCGCAGGCGGCGCGCGGGCGGCGCGUGGCGCUGGUGACGUCGGGCGGCACGCAGGUGCCGCUGGAGGCGCGGGCCGUGCGCUUCCUGGAGAACUUCAGCAGCGGCCGGCGCGGCGCCGCCUCGGCCGAGCGGCUGGUGCGGGCGGGCUACGCCGUGUGCUUCCUGCACCGCGCCCGCUCCGCCUUCCCCUGGGCCCGCGCCCUGCCGCCGCCCGGGCCCGCGCUGCUGGACGCGCUCCGCCUCACGCCGGGGCCGCCGCCCGGCGUGGCCGCCGCGCCCGCCGCGCUGCCCGCGCUGCUGCCCGCGCUCCGCGAGUACCGCCGCGCCACCGAGGCGGGCGCGCUGCUCGCCAUCGAGUUCACCGGGCUCGUGGAGUACCUGGCGCUGCUGCGCGCCGCCGCCCGCGCCCUGGCGCCGCUCGGCUCCAGCGUCAUGUUCUACCUGGCCGCCGCCGUCUCGGAUUUCUACAUCCCGCUCUCCGAGAUGCCCGAGCACAAGAUCCAGUCCUCGGAGGGGCCCCUGCAGAUCACAAUGAAGAUGGUGCCAAAAAUGCUGUCACCCCUGGUCAAAGACUGGGCCCCUGAGGCCUUUGUGAUUUCCUUCAAACUGGAGACGGAUCCCCAGAUCCUCCUGGACAAAUCUCGGCAGGCUCUGGAGAAAUACCGGCACCAGGUGGUGGUGGCCAACGUGCUGGAGUCGCGGAGAACCUCCGUCAUCAUCGUCACCAGGGACUCCCAGACCCCCCUGUCCCUGUCCAGCGAGGAGAUAGCGCAAGGCGUGGAGAUAGAGGAGAAGAUUGUGAGCUACCUGCAGGGCCAGCACACUGCCUUUAUAGAGAGGAAAGGCUGAGGAGCAGCUGGGAGGAAACAAGGGAAUGGUGCUGCAGGGGGAGCGGGACUGGAGCCCGGGCAGGUGCACAAACCAGUCCCACAGGGCACGGGAGGGCCCGCCAACACUGUCACUUCCACACAGCCUGGCCGUGGUGGCUCUGUAAAAGAGAAAUACAUGGAAGUGAAACCAUUCCAAAGGAUAUUUGUCCUGGUGUCUGAAGGAGGAAAGAAGCUUGUUUCUGUCCCGUGGGCUGGGAGGACGAGAAGUGGCGAAGGUCUCUGUAUAUAAAGAAUUUUUUGAAUCUC